AUGUCCACUGAAAAGAAAACCACAGAGGCAGCCCCACAAGCCGGAUCCAGUAACUUCUGGGUUGAUUUCUUGAUGGGUGGUGUUUCCGCCGCAGUUGCUAAGACAGCUGCUGCUCCUAUUGAGAGAGUCAAGUUGUUAAUGCAAAACCAGGAUGAGAUGAUCAAGCACGGUACCCUUGAACACAGAUACACGGGUAUUGGUAACUGUUUCAAGAGAACCUUCCAGGAGGAGGGUUUGAUCUCCUUCUGGAGAGGUAACACUGCUAAUGUUAUCAGAUACUUCCCAACUCAGGCUUUGAACUUUGCCUUCAAGGACAAGAUUAAGAGAAUGUUUGGUUUCAAGAAGGAGGAUGGUUACUGGAGAUGGUUUGGUGGUAACUUGGCUUCCGGUGCUGCCGCUGGUGCCCUUGGUUUGUUCUUUGUUUACUCUUUGGAUUAUGCAAGAACUAGAUUGGCUAACGAUGCCAAGAAGGCUUCCGGUGCUGGAGAGAGAGAGUUCAACGGUUUGGUCGAUGUCUACAGAAAGACUUUGAAGACAGACGGUAUUGCUGGUUUGUACAGAGGUUUCGUUCCUUCCGUUUGCGGUAUCAUUGUCUACAGAGGUUUGUACUUCGGUUUGUACGAUUCCCUCAAGCCUGUCGUUUUGAUUGGACCAUUGCAGACUUCCUUCCUUGCCUCAUUCUUGUUGGGUUGGGUUGUUACUACCACUGCUUCUACCAUUUCUUACCCAAUUGAUACUAUCAGAAGAAGAAUGAUGAUGACCUCUGGUCAGGCCGUCAAGUACAACGGUGCUGCUGACUGUGCCCGCCAGAUCAUCCAGAAGGAGGGUGCCAGAUCCUUGUUCAAGGGUUGCGGUGCUAACAUCUUGAGGGGUGUUGCCGGUGCCGGUGUUAUCUCCUUGUACGAUCAGUUACAGUUGCUCCUUUUCGGUAAGAAGUUCAAGAAAUAA